AUGCUAAAACUUCUGUGGAAACGAGAAAUUUCUCAAAGUAAGGACUUGCAGAUUUGGCUUCUACCGAGACCUCUGGCAAACCUCCUCUUGACUGCAUCAGGCAUGGAAAUGAUUUUGGAGAUCUACGCUAUGGGAGCCCUCUGGUGGGUGAGAGAGGAAAAUGCCCCCAAAAUGCCAAUCGCCAAGACAACUCCUGCCACUGAAAUUGGAUCGAAGAUUGCAGUGUUUUACUACGAGCCCACCUGGAUUGCCAUGAACUGUCCUUCACUUGGCUCAGGAGCACCACAGCCACCUGCCUGUGCCUUUACACCAAAUGGAAAUCCAGCACAAGCAUCUUCCCCUCCAGAACGAGCCUCCCAAACACCACCACUGCUCCACCAGGAGGCCACCCGCACGCCAAACAGAAACCCAGCACAGCAGGCCGUGGUCCAGAGCGAAGCUCCCAAUCUUACCCCCUUGGGCACUCCCGCAGACUCCUUUGCACCUGACCCGCACGAAGCUAUUCUGAUUUUCUGCUGGGUUUAUGUGCGCAAGUAUCAGAGUCGGCGGGAAAGUGAAGUGAUUUCUACCAUAACAGCUAUCUUUGCUCUGGCAGUUGCUCUCAUCUCAUCAGCGCUGCUACCAGUGGACAUCUUUUUGGUUUCAUAUAUGAAAAAUCCAAAUGGUACAUUCAAGGACUGGGCUGAUGCUAAUGUUUCAAGACAAAUUGAAGACACUGUACUUUAUGGAUACUACACUUUGUACUCCAUCAUACUGUUCUGCGUCUUCCUGUGGAUUCCCUUUGUCUAUUUCUAUUACGAGGAGAAGGAAGAAGAUGAUGGCAACACAUGCUCACAGGUUAAAACGGCACUCAAAUAUACUCUGGGAUUCAUCACAAUUUGUGCAGUUCUUCUCUUAAUUGGUGCUUUUGUUCCUUUGGAUAUUCCUAACAAGAAGAAUUCCACAGAGUGGGAGAAAGUGAAGCUCCUGUUUGAAGAAUUUGGAAGUAGUCAUGGCUUGACUGCACUUUCAUUUUCCAUUAGUUCCCUGACUGUGAUUGGAAUGUUGGCAGCUAUCACUUACACAGCUUAUGGUAUGUCAGCUUUGCCUUUAAACUUGAUUAAGGGAACUACCAGUGCGGCUUAUGAACGUUUAGAGAACACUGAAGAUAUUGAAGAAGUGGAGCAACAUUUAUUAAGGAUUAAAUCAAAGUGCAGAGAUGGUCGGCCUCUGUCGUCAAGGGACAGACGGACCGUACAACAACUAGAAGAGAGACUAAGGACACUUCGAAGACGAGAGAGGCAUCUGGAGUCUAUUGAGAAAAGCUGGUGGACGAAGUUCUGUGAAGCUAUCAGACCUCUAAAGAUUGUGUGGGGAGUAUUCUUCAUCAUUGUGGCACUGCUCUUCACUGUCUCUCUAUUCUUGUCAAAUUUGGACAAAGCUCUACAUUCAGCUGGCUUCGACUCGGGAUUUAUAAUUUUAGGAACUAAUCUGACUAAUCCACUGAAUAUGCUAUUACCUGUUCUUCAAACAGUUUUUCCACUUGAUUAUAUUCUUAUUACAACUAUUGUUAUGUACUUUAUCUUCACUUCAAUGGCAGGGAUUCGAAAUAUGGGUAUAUGGUUCUUCUGGAUAAGGCUUUAUAAAAUCAGACGAGGAAAAACUCGACCUCAAGCACUUUUGUUUCUCUGUAUGAUACUUCUGUUGAUAGUUCUUCAUACAAGCUACAUGAUCUACAGUCUUGCCCCUCAGUAUGUAAUGUAUGGAAGCCAAAAAUACCUGGUACAGAGUAAUAAGACAAUUGAUGGCCAGCCAAGCAAUGUGACAACAUUUGUAUCUAAAGACUGUGAUGCAGAUGCACCUGAAGAUCAGUGUAUUGUUACUCGGACAUACCUCUUUCUCCAUAAAUUUUGGUUCUUCAGUGCUGCCUAUUACUUUGGGAACUGGGCAUUCAUUGCAGUCUUCUUAAUUGGAUUAAUUGUUUCAUGCUGCAAAGGCAAGAAAUCAGUCAUUGAAGGUGAAGUGGAUGAAGAUGAUUCAGACAUGAGUGACGAUGAACUCUCUGCUUAUUACCGUUGAUAGCCUUUUGCCUUUAAGAUGGAAAAAUGCAAUUUAAAGUUAUGUUGAAAGUCAUAUCCAUGUGGAAUUGGUAUCCAAAUAAGCAUCCUUGCACCUGUAAAAAUAGAGGAAAUAGGUAUACUCACUUAAAGGGGUAAAAAAAUGAAUAUCACUUUUUGAGUAUCACUGUUAUAUUGGAACAAAUAUUGAAGCUGGGUUUGAAUAAUAUAUAGAAAAUACUGGUUUAUGAUUAAACUUAUAUGUAACUUUCUGAUGUAUAAUUUGAUGGACUGUUGUAACUAUUUCAUGAUUCAUUAUGCUUUUCUGUUAUCUUGAGUUUUCUUAAAUACUUUCAUGCCUAACUUGCAGGAUUUUUUUUAUUCAAGCUCAUAAAUAGUAAAAAAAUAAGUAAAUAAAGCUAGCUAAAAUCCUGCAGAACAUCUGGUGUAAACAUUUGCUAGAAAGAUUUGGAUGAGGUUUACACUUUCAGAAGGAUGUGACUUGACUUUUGCAUUAGUUCUGCUGGCAUUUCUGGGAUUCCCAUAUAAAACUGUAGCUAACAGGAGACUGUCCUUAAAGUACGCCAAAACCAUCUACUUAAGGGGAGUUCCCAGUCGUAAAGAAUAAGUCACUUUUGUACUGUUAUCCCCACUGAGUUACCGUGAGCAUCCUCAGGUAACUAUGAGGUGAGGUGGCUUUUGCUCUAUCGAAGGAAAUCAUUAGUGUAAAUAACAAUAUUCAGCAUUGUUGCAGUGUUUUAGUACAGUUCAGUUCUGAAACUGCCAGGUGCCUGACUUAGUAAUAACCAAUGGAAUAAUUAAGAUGUGAUUAAUUUUUAACUUAUUUUUCUCUUUAAUGCAAAUUGUCUAGUUUAAAGUUUUCUUUCACUAUUUAAUGUAAAUGUUGUCAACUUGUUUACAAGCCAAUAUGUUUAUAUAAACACAGUUCAUAAAUAUUUUUGUCAUUCAUGUUGGUUUUGUACAGUAAUGUUAUUUUAGCUGUACAGUUACUGAGCUAUAUUUCUGAGGCUGAAAAAUACCUUCAGACAUCCUUUGACAGACUCAGAAAGAGAAAAUGUUUACAAGUACAGGUUUUUAAACUUGUAAUGCUGGCUGAGGGAAAUUAUAGUCCAUGCAAGCACAUGGAGAUCUAACCUAGGUCAUCUUUUUAUAAGACUAAUUGUUAAAUAAUUGUUGAAACAUAGGGGGAUUACUAAUGUCCUACUUACAUGUUUGCAAAGUCUUAAAACUGACAGGGUUUUUUCAGUUUUUUCAAAACCAGUCUGCCUCUUCCUGCAUUAUUUCAGAACAGCAGGCUCUCAGGAACUUCUGAAUUUUAAUUCAUCUUCAGUAUUUCAAGGAGUCUUAGGUGAGUUGCUUAGUUAAUGCAUGAACACAGGGAACUGAUGUUUGGACUCGAACGAACAAAACAAGUAUUUUAACAAGCCUUCUGUGCCAACUGCUCCAGUAAUGUACAUGUUUAUGUGGCAACCUGGAAGCAGGUCUGAUGUUGCUGCUUGAUGAUAAGCUUCAAAUAUGCAGUCAAGCCUGCUCAACUAAUAGCAAUCAAUCUGUUUGCUACCAAUGAGACCUCUGAAAGGACAGAAAUGCAUUCAAACACUGGUAUUAUGUACUGAAACUUGCCUAGGCAGUCUGAGCUCCCUUUGACUAGAACUAGCUGAACACUAUUUGAACCUGACCACUGGGGAAACUCACAAGGAAUUAUUUAUAAGACGUUUGAGUAACUCAAAAUGUAAGGUGGAACCUGAUGUUGACUGUCUGGAGGCUGCAUCCAGAGGGUAUGAAGAAGUUAGAGUAUACAUCUUUGUAGAUCUCCUGGUGGAAAACUUACAUGAGCUAAUUUAAAUAAAAUUAACUGCUCAGAUGUUUUCCUCUUUUGUAGGUUUUGUUUAUAUUUCAUCUUCAGCUUUAACCAGUGAUAAUUGUCACUUCCUUCUUUGGCUGUAUCAUGUACAUAUUUGUUUGUUAAUCUUUCCAAGUGUAAGAUUGGGCUGCAAUUUUGCAGAGUUGUAUUGAAUCUGUCUUCUCACUGGGGAGAUCACUGCUUGACUGAGGAAGAUGAUGGUUUCAUGCCACAUAGCUGCUUUUAUGUUGUCUGCAGGCUUAGGGGGUCACUGGCCAAGAUGCCUGCCCAGUCCCUAGGUAUAUGUUGCUAUAGGUAUUCCCCGUUUCAAGGCUUUUCUUAACUUCCAGGUUCUUCCCAAUCCAGUCCUGUUUCCUGUCUAAAUAGUCUAUAUGCAGAAAUACAAUGAUCUGCCUUUGAAUUGGUGGCUUUGUCCCUUGUCUCUUCAAUUAAAGGAUUCAGUAAGAUUCUUGUAAAUCUGGCUAACACCUAGAUUAAAACCCGCCCCUUGCUUGUUGCAGCUAGCAAGAAGCAGGCUUCUGCAUGAGAGUUUGAAAGUUGUUUCAGACAUUUGCUGUCACCCUCUGUCAUACAAGCAGUAAAUAACUGCCACCAUUUAUAAUCAGAAUUAUUCUUCACCUGCCACAUCCUCACUGAAGUUUGAACUCAGGAGUUCAGUGAACCAUUUGACUGACAAGGUUUUAAAAGAUUUUGUAUGUGCUAAUGUAAUAAAUAUGUACUCAAGAAUUCAUCUCUAAUGAACACUUCAUGUGAUGGAAACCUGACAUUAACUGUACUGUGCCUUUAAAAUGAACUAGAGGUGGUUUAUGAAAUUUGUGUGUUGAACUUGCCAACUGGAUUUGUACAUCCAGUAUCACCCAGUGAGGAAAAGUAGCAGUGAAAUUUGAGGAUAGCCUUAGCUUAAAAGACUUGGCUUUGAUCAAUAAUUGCAGGAACUUUAGGAAACAGAACUUCCAGUAUAUUAUUUCCCAGUUGUCUCUUGUGCUGUCUUCAAGAAAAUACUUGCAGGUACAACAACGAAUUACUUUUCUUCCACAAAGCUAUCCCUGUUCUGGCAGCACUUGUAGUAUGAUUGAAAUAGUUCGCUCAUUUAGCUGUUAGCUAUGAAAUGAUAGUCCAGAGUUUUCUGCAGGUUUUGGAGCAAAUUUGAACUUCCCAGGUAUGUUAUAAUACAGCAUUCUACCUUGUAAGCAAACAUUUAACAUCUUCAACGGAGUCUUCAGAGGUCUCAAGUUUCUGGACUGAAGUCCCUUCAGAAGGCAUCAGAAUUGUUUCACUGCUUUGAUUAUAUGAAUGAUAUUCCAAAUCUACCUCUGUAGUGUGAGCUUUCAAAACUUCUGAAUGUGUAGUGCUAUUGUCACACUUGGGUUAGGUUAGAUUUUUUUUUGUACUUUUGUAGUCAGCUUCUACCAUGUUGGAGGCUCAUGAACAUUUAGAAACUAGUGAGCCUUAAAUCUUGCUGGUGUAUCAAGCAUAAACCAUGGUGACCAGGAAUAUGUUUGUUAGAAUUGAGCAGGAACAGAUGCCAAAUGAGUCCUCAUCUUGCUGCUCAUUCUAUAGUGAUUGGUGGUUUAUCUAGAGUUACAAAUCAUAAAUACAAUAAAGCAUGUAAUAGUCUGUUUUUAUUUCUUAGCUGAAAGCUGGCAGCAUGCAGCAGAUUUCCUGCUAAAAAAAGCUGAUUGUCAGAAAUGAGUGAAAAGCCUUUCCUAGUAAAGAGUGUAAAGAAACAUCUGCUACUUUGUAUUUUCUGCUUUGACUUCAGGAAAAGAUUUCAGGGUGGACUUGAGGCUUUGCACUGAAAACAGUAAUCUACUUCUAGGUAGUGUGCAUGUGUAUCAGAGUCAUGCCAUGUAGAAUGGUAAUUUUGUGCUCAGAUAACGUGAAACUAAUGAACCCUUUCAGUGUUGCUCAUGUUUUUGCUUCUCAAUAAUCCAUGUAGCCAUAACUAUUCAGACGAUGUCUUUGCUUAGAAAUUGUAUUUCUCUGGCUCACAGCUGUUUUGUGAAAUUUGACUUUCUCAUCACAAGUUCCUGUAUUGGACAGUGGCCUACAACAGCAUUUUGAAAAACAUUAUGCUCUUGUAGAAACUAUUAUGAGGUUUAUCCUAAAAUACUGGUAGUUACUGGGGUGCAGAGCAGAGUUACAGUUGAAGUAGUCAAGCAAACUGAUUCACGUGUAGAAGGUAACUUGUGUCCAUAUAAGUAAGUAGAUAUUCAACCCAUUAUGUCAGUACUGAAACAGUUCUGGAUAUGGAUAGGGAAAUAAAGCAGCGCUUGUGAGAUUAAGCAAAGGACAAAGAUUCAUCCCUUCCUAAAAUAGUCUAAAAUAACUUGAAAUACACAAGCUGUAACAUUUUUCUGGCUCUUAGGCUGAAGAUUAUAGUUCAUAUUGAUAAUACAUCUUAUUACAUGAGUGUAGAUCUGUUCUCUUGCAGCCUUCUGCAAAGUCAGCUUUCUUGCAGAUAAAGUGAAGAAAUAAAACUGAGAAUCACUUUUUUCCCCUCUAAAUAUGUAUUUUGACUAUACUUCUCAGAAGAAAUAAAAGCCUUGUUUUGGUUGUGGUAAGAUGUCAUUUUCUGUUAAUACCCUAAACUUUAAAACAAAUUCUGCUUCUAAAUGAAGACACUUGCCAAUUCUGGAUAGUUAAAUGAAUCAGAAAUUCUAGUGUUCUUGACCAGCUCUAGUGAGAUGUGGUUGUUACAGAAAUUAUCUGGAAGUUGGACUAAUUUUAACGUCUUCCUAGUCAGAGAGACUGCAUGAGUGAUAGCACUUCAAUCAUAUUCGUAGCUAUAAAGGGGGUUAUUUCUUCGAAAUAGACAAUUUAAGCACGUUUAACAAAACCAUAUUUAUACCUUUCUUCUAGAUUCACCUCUAGGAAGAGUGAUAUAUUUAGGGGGUCAGACAGAGGAAUUUUGGUUUCUGGAAGGCUUAUCUUGGAGGUAAGCCACCCAGAUCUGCUAAGUUUCCUCAUCCUCCUGUGUUAAUCGCCCAGAAGGACAUGUGGGGCCUUCCCUUACAACAGCAGACUAAUGUUGAGUCUUAAUUUUGCUUGUUAUAAAUGUAUCUGCUUUUUUCCCCAGAGAAAAUAUCCAGGUUGCCUAUAAAACACAGCUUCCUUUUUUUCUGAGCUAUUUUGAAGAAUUAUGUCAAAAUCCUUACUGUGAGAAUCCAAAUAUCUUGCAUAAAGGUGGAGACUGUGCGAACAUUCAGAGCAAACAUGAAGCUGAACAUGUGCAUAGCUCCUACUGGGAUGGAAGUCUGGAUAUGGGGCUCUUCACCAGAAUGUAUUGAACUUCCUAGGAAGAAGCGAAACGUGGAUUGAUUUAAUAGUGACUCUGCUUCUGCUAAGCUGCUUAAACAUAAAUCAUGAUUUAUUACUGUGAGCUCUUUAGAGUUUGAAGAUUCUCCUACAUGUAGUAAGUAUAUCACUUCAGCUCAGCGCUUCAGAGUCCCGACAGUUUUUAUUAAUGUGAACGUCUAUGGUAUUUUUCUCCUCCUCAAAACUUGCAGCUUCUGAACUUACUACUGUAUUAAGCACUUGAAGGAAUGUCCCAGGACUGAAAUGUUUAAUUCUGAUAGUUAAUCUAUAAUUUAAAGGUAUUGCUUAGGUCCUAAACUUCUGAGUUGUACUUGUUCUCCUCUUAACUUUUAAGUUAGAACAAAUGCAAAUCUGAAUCCUUACUGCCUGCUGACUUUACAACCUUUCCAAAUAGUGAUGUUCAAGAUGCUGAUGGCAGGUGUAUCUGGUUUGGAUGGAUGGAAUAUUCUUUUGGAGUGGGCCUGAGAAGUAAACUACAAUUUAUUGUAAAGUGCUUUUUUUUUUAAUGUUUUGAGAUACCUGAUCCUGAAUGCAGAACAACUUCUUGUUUGAACUGAAAGUUAAGUUCUUAACAAUGGACAUAUCUUUCUAGUGCAUGGAGAAAAAAAAAUAAUCACAAUUACAAAACAUGAACUCCAGAGGAAUUUUCCCUUUUUCCUCAUUUUCCCAACUAUGAAGCACUUUAUUUUUUUCAGAAAUUGAUCUUUAAUAAAACUAUCAUUAUUUCUUCAUAUCCUUGACUAAAAAAAUAUGCCUUUUAAGUUGUACAGACACAGA